UAUCGAAGGCUGGGCAUUAAAGGAUGGGAAUUUGUGUGUCAAAGGAGGUUUCAAAAGAAGAGCUAAGGAAAUCAAUCAAAAGGCAAAAAGAAGUGCCUUCAGAAGAGGAAGAAGCACUUUUGGCUGCUGAGUUGAGGAGUCAGUUGAAGACUGUUUAUGGCCACAGCUCUCUAGAGUUGGCAAUGAUGGAAAUGUCAGAAAUCCCUAAAAUUACAUGGCAGGUAACAGAGGUAGAAAAACUGAAUGUGUCACAUAACUUUCUUCUUCGUAUUAGUUCCAGUGUUGAGAACCUUCAGAAUUUGGUCAUUCUAAAUUUGCUGGGAAAUCAGUUGGCUGCUUUGCCAAAAGAAAUUGGGUUGUUGAGGAAACUGAAGGUCCUGUUUGCUGACUGGAAUUGUCUCAAAGAAGUUCCACAAGAACUAAGCCGCUGCAAAAAACUCCAGGUUCUCAGUCUUUCAUACAAUAUGAUUUCAUCUCUCCCUGAGAGUUUCGAAGACCUGAGGCAACUGGAAAAGCUCAAUUUAAGCAACAAUCGGUUUGUGCAAUUGCCCACAUGUGUCUACCGGAUGAGGAGAUUGACCUUCUUGCACAUAGGCUGCAACAAAAUCGAAAGCAUUUCUGAAAGUGUUGGCCAACUGGAAAAAAUGAGGAUAUUUAUUGCCGAGAAGAAUAGGCUUAGAUUUCUGCCGAAAUCAAUCUGUUUGCUGAGGCCACUCAUGCUCCUCAACGUGAACUAUAAUGAGAUUGAAAAUCUCCCAACAAGCCUGCCCAUGCUGACUGAGUUGGAAAGGAUAGCCUGUCAUUCACUUGAUAAGGGCCUUCAUAUCAAAUGCAACCCCCUAGCAAAACCACUGCCAGACCUCAUAUAUGAGGGGCUGGAACCGCUCUAUGAUUAUUUGAAGCCCAAAAGGGACAAUAAAUAA